AGCAGCGCCUGUCCAGCAUCCCGGCAGCUCACUGGCGCAGGAGUGUGUUUGACUGAUGAAGUGGCCGCAGACGCAGAGGCUUUGCUGCCUGCAGCACAGUAAUUAAUAAUAAGCCAAAGCAAACAUGCACCUCAGUGGCAGUUAGCCCCCCUCUCCGCGCUUGUCUGAGCUCUCCAACGCCAAUCGUUUGGAGAGGUGCGAGAGAGAGGAAGCCACUCACACGUAAUGAUGCCCGAGCCUCCGCUGAGCCCCUGACCACCUGCCAGUCUGGUUGAGAGCCAGUAAGGCCAGCCGCAAUCGAGCCCUGAGCCAGUGGAAAAAUGGAAGAGAAGCAGAAAACUGGCCUUCCUGGGCAUCCCAACGUACUGGGGAUCAGGACUUGCGGAAUAUAAUGAACUCUGGUAUCGUUUCAUGGCCAUGGACCGACUCGGCAUUGAUCUUCAGAAAGUAUGCGAGCGCAACGGAGGGCGACUAAAGACAGCCACCGUUCUCCAGCUGGGCCAAGGACUGGUGGAUGUUCUGGAGUAUAUUCAUGAGAACGAGUAUGUCCAUGCAGAUAUUAAAGCUGCCAACCUCAUGCUGGGCUGCAGAGACCCUGAACGUGUCUAUCUAGCAGACUAUGGGCUGUCCUACAGAUACUGUCCUGAUGGAGUCCACAAAGAAUACAAGGAGAACCCCAAGAAGGGCCACAAUGGAACCAUCGAAUACACCAGCCUUGAUGCUCACAGAGGACUUGCUCCAUCUAGACGUGGCGACCUCCAGAUUCUGGGUUUUUGUCUUCUUCACUGGCUGUGCGGGUCUCUGCCUUGGGACAAAGUUCUCAAGAACCCAACUCAGGUCCAGGAGGCCAAGGCCAGGCUGAUGGAUAAUCUGCCAGACUCAGUCCUGCAGCUGUCUGCGAGUGGAGCCAGCACAGAUGAGGUGGCCGCGUUAUUCAGUUAUGUAAAAACUCUGGACUACCAAGAUAAGCCAAACUACCAGCAUCUCAAACAGCUGUUGGCCAGUGAUGUCACGGGAAGACUGGAUUUCUCCAUGCCGCCAGGAGCUGCAGGAGAGUCCACCACCAAGGGACAAUACCCCCCCGCCAGGGAAAAGAAAGCAGGACGAGCCAGAGGGCCCCCCAGAGCCAAGGUCGUGAACACUGAGCUGGAUGAUGAACAAGAGGAUGAGACAAAGUCUAAACCGGUGCAAGCUCGCUACAUAAGAGGACCACCGCGUCCCAAACCUCAGUCACAACCGGAAGAGGGAGUUGUGUCUACAGUCAGCAGAUCAUUGAGGCCAAGACCUGAGAUGUCUUAUGGAGAAGAUGACAGUGAAACUGAGGAGGAGGAGGAGGAAGAGGAAGCCAGACCCAGACCCAGACCCAUCCCUGCAUGCUAUCUGAGAGGCCCUCCGAUCGGGCCCAGAGCUCAGCCUAAACAGAAAACUAAACCCAAAUGGAGCAGCAGGAAAACAGACGCCCGCAGCGUGACAUCAGGGGGACAGGAAGGACCACUCCGCGCGCAAAGGAGAAAACGAAUAUUGACCGAGUGUGACGCCGACGAUCGAACACACACAGACUGCGACCAGGGGUGGGCCGUCCUAAAGGAGGGUCACCCUCGGGCCAGGCCAGUGCUCCAGCACAGAGGAGGCCACCGCCAUCGACAGUGUCGCCACGAGGACCUGUGUUAUGAACACAGAUACGGCUGUAAUGAAUGGAACGAGUCUGCUGUCGGAGGUCCAGAACAGGAAUCUGGUCCCACACAGAGCAAGGGUCAGUGUUCUUGGUUUCUCUUUGUGGGUGUCUUCCUUUUCCUGGGAGCUGCUCUCUGUGUCGGUCUCUCUCACGGUGCAUUUAAACCCAUUUGAACAGCUACUGUAAGGGGUUUACUAGUUUCAGCGUUGUCUCUCAAGCGGUUUCCCAAAGUCGAGGUGGCGCCGACAGGAACACACAGCCCUUCUCCUCACUUCUGGGCUGCCAUUUUCACAGUAAUAGGCUGAAAGAGAAGGACAAGUUUAUUCUGCGUAUUAAAUGUUUAAUCCAGAAGCAAGCACUCAUUUCAGACUGGGCUGUAAGAUGAAGGACUCCCAAAUACACUAAAAAAAAAAAAACCAACCAUAUACACAAAUAAAUCUGCCUUUGAAUUAACGCCAUGCUGCAUUGACAGAUAUCCCGGAUCGUACUCCUUUAUCAAACAAGGAGUGCCGGGAGUGAAACAGACUGAAUGCAGCGGAUUGCCGUGUGAACACACUCGGCAGCCUUUCAGCCAAAGAGAAGCUGACAUGAUGUACAAAGCCAUGCUAAUUAAGCUUGCUGAAUCUCUGUUGAGUGUACAGGCCUUUAUGAAGCCCGGUGGAGGCCGCUGUCAGUCACGCUGUGAGACGCACACGUACCUUGCUGCAGUAAGGACACUCUCCAAAAACGAUGUUGAAGCUCUGCCUGCUGGAGGGCAGCGCUCGCAGCCACUGAAGCAAAAGGACAAAGAAAAAG